CUCACGUCGGCGAUCAUUGCAACAAGGACAUCUGCCGAAGUAUUUCGCAAUACGAAUAUCGGUAAAUUGUAACUGGCAGAACGUUUUGCAAACGAUGAAGGUACAUAAAUAUGUCCAUAAUAUGGCUCGAUAAAUCACAGCACUACUUUUGUGGAAACGUAUGGGUCAGUUUCCCUUCUUGAGUAAAGUUUAAAAUGUAGUUCAGUGUCACAUAUACUGUGAUAGUAUAGACGUAAAUGUUUGGAGUUUGAUCUUCAAAUCCUUCCCCUCACAUGUACCACACGUGCGACACUUUCGUAAAGUUUGCGUAAUUUACAACUUGACUUGUGUUAUGCAUGCGUGUAUUUGCUCACUUUUUAAUAGUCAAGGUGAAAGUUUACACGUAUGUUACAUGUGCAGUGCAUCAGGACGUGAUACACAUGUGUCAGUUCACACGCUUGUGUUACAUAACAUGUAAACAAAAAAGCCGGUAUCCGACCAAUGACCUCGAAGUCUUACUGUUUAUUUAGAAACGGAGAUAUUGUUCACCGACGUUUUUAAGUGCAAUGCGUAGCUAUAACUAAGAUCAACUCUUCUGUUUUGGUUGUAAACGAACAGUUUCUGCAAUGUUUGGAAACCGUAACGGUGCUUUGUGGGCUGUAGAAAUGCGUGGCGUAAUCGCCGUUCUGAAUUGGUUCAGAGACGAUCCACAACGUGGUCUAUAUGUGGUUGUAGAAUGAAUCAAUAUGAUUUUAACGAUCGUGGACGGGGCAUGAUCACCACAAGAAUGCAAAGAAGACCAAGGACAGAGUUCCAAGAUGCCUCAACGCAAGACUUCCAUUUUCUCUUCCAAUCCCGAAGAAAAUUCCAACUCCUUUCAAAGUUUCCUGGCUUUGUCUAACCAAGAGAGUACCAUUUUAAACUGCAUCAAGGAGCACAUCUUUCCUCUGAUCGACGGAGGAAUUUGUGAGAUUCUAUACAGUCGCGCGUCAAACGGUUCGCCUUUUCGUGUUCUCAGUGUUGGAAGCGGAGAGGGUCAAAAUGACAUCAACAUUCUGAAAGCCUUGACUGACAACAAACGCCGUGCGGAUGGAGAAGCCAUUGCACUGAUGAACCGCGUCGUUGAACCACACGUGGGUAGGUUGGAGAGAUUUCGUUCAAAAACUGAGAAGUUAUAUGAACAUUUUCAAGGACGAGCAAACAUUGACUUUGAAUGGAUCCCCACGACGUUCCAAGAAUACACGUCACAGAAGAAGGCACAUGACGUCACAUUUGAUCUGAUUCAUUUCACACACAGCAUCUAUUAUGUCGGAGUAGAAGAAGCGCUGGUUCAUUGUUAUGAGAAAGAGCUUGGUAAAGAUGGCGUCAUCAUAUCAAUCGCUCAAGCCGAAGACGACCCUAUGCUGAAGUUCGCCCGCAAAUUCCCUGAACAGCGGAGUCCUUCAUUCCCCAGGAAUAAAGAUGUCGUUGCCGUAGCGAUCAAGAGAGGGUGGAAAUUUUUCGCUUGUCCAGGUGAUUCUAACAGCCUUGACAUCACAACCAUUUUCGACAGCUCCUCACGCGGAGGCAACUAUCUCUUGGAUUUUCUAACGAAUCGAGUACAACUGCGCCAAAACGAAGGAAUGGAAACCGUUAAAAAGAUCCUGAAGUUUUGGAAGCAACAGUCGUUUGUUAACGAAGACGGGAGAAGAAUUGUGGACAUUAGAGAUCAUGCAGUGAUCAUUUUGAAAGGAUUUGAACAUUAGGAGGACUUUCUUAGACAAAUUACAUUUACUAUGAAUAUUGCCUAAUGUCACUUGAGAAUUAAACUGUCGGCAUACCAGUACCUAUGCUUCAUAUUUAAUGAGAUUCCCAUUAUUGAUGCCAAGAAAUCGCAGAGUUUACAUAUAGCGUUCUAGCAAACUACUAAAGAGCUUUACUUUGAGCUGUAUGUCCAUGUAGUAUGGUUAAUUUAUUAAGACAUAUACUAUAUUCACUUGCAAAAUUUAAAACUUG